AGCUGUUACUGUAACAGGGUCAUGAAGAAGAGGCGGCGGCGGGAGGAGGGAGGAGGCAGCGGGGGCGUGAAGCUGCCGUAGCUGUCUGCCGGGUUGGUGGUGUAGCUUCGUGAGAAGGCGCAGUUCCUAACCCCUUUUCCGAGCAGCGGCUGGGGCUCGGGGCUCAGCGGCCGUGGGGCCGCCUCCCCGGGCCCCCUGGCUCCGCCAUGUUCCGCAGGGCACGCCUUAGCGUGAAGCCGAACGUCAGGCCUGGUAUAGGCGCCAGGGGGUCCACCGCUCCCAACCUCCAGCGUGGAAAGGAGUCUCCCAGGCCUCCGGAGCCGGCUGCGGCCUCUGCUCCGAAGCCAGCGGAGCCCAGAGAUGUGCCCCUGGUGGAUACUGGGGGAGCAGAACCCCAAGAAAAGGCUCCCAGGGGCAGCACUGGUGAAAAGAUUGAUGGUGAGAAUGACGUUGAAGAAUCCAGCAAAUCUUCCCCUACUGCUUCACAGAGAAGAAAGCGAGUAUCAAGUACUUCUAGUCUGGAUAAACCUAGUGUCAGUGUUCCUUCAGAAUCUCAUCCCUUAUGUACUGUUAAUCAAGAAACUUUACAACCAAGCCCUAUUCCAACAAAAGAGAAACAGCCAUGCUCCGACAGAUACCGAAUAUAUAAAGCCCAGAAACUGAGAGAAAUGUUAAAAGAAGAAUUGAGAAAAGAGAAGAAGCAGUGGAAGAACAAAUAUGCUAUUAAUGAAAGUCAGCAGCCACCAGAUCGUUCAAAAAUGACUAUGAGAGACUUCAUAUAUUACCUGCCAAAUAACAAUCCAAUGACUUCCUCACUGGAACAAGAAAAGAAAACAGAAAAAUCAUUGACGCCAGUCCAGACGAGAGAGCAAGAAAGUAAGAGUACUCCUGAUGCUGAAGAAAAUGAAGAAAUGGAAGAAGAGACUGAUGAUGGGCCAUUGCUGGUUCCUCGAGUAAAAGUGGCAGAAGACGGUUCUAUUAUUUUGGAUGAGGAAAGUUUAACUGUAGAAGUUUUAAGGACAAAAGGCCCCUGUGUUGUUGAGGAAAAUGACCCCAUAUUUGAACGUGGCUCUACGACUACAUACUCCAGCUUUAGGAAGAACUAUUACUCUAAGCCAUGGUCAAAUAAAGAAACAGAUAUGUUCUUUUUAGCCAUCAGCAUGGUGGGAACUGACUUUUCUAUGAUUGGACAACUUUUUCCUCACAGAGCAAGGAUAGAAAUUAAGAAUAAAUUUAAACGUGAAGAGAAAACAAAUGGAUGGAGAAUAGACAAAGCAUUUCAGGAAAAGCGCCCUUUUGACUUCGAUUUUUUUGCUCAUUUGCUUCAGAAAGUUCUUGCCGAAGAAGAGAAAAGAAAACAAAAAUCAGUUAAAAAUCAAAAUCCAAAGGAGAAGAAACCUUCCAAACCACGGAAAAAAGUAAAAGUGAAAAAAAUUGUCAGUGAAGGAGUGAAUGAUGGUCUAGAUGGGUCUGUGAGUACUAAAAUUUCAGACACAGAAGGACUGCUAAAGGAUACUCAGACAGCUGAAGAAGAACAGUCACCUCUGACUUUAUCAGAACAGGAUUCAGGACAGAUUGCGUUAGAAUCAGACCUAAAUCAAAAGAAAAGGAGAAGGAGGAAUCAAGAUGAUGCUGAAGAACAAGAAGUAAAAAACCAUUUGGGAAAUGCCACCGUUCAGGCAGGCCCUUCUAAAGGAGAAAAACACAAAAAUAAAUGCGAGUCUUUAAGACCAGAGGUAAAUGAAGGUGAAUGCGAUAGGGAACAGCAGCUUUCCUGCUUACAGAACACAGAUGAUGACAUUGUGGACAUAUCCUCCAGUGAAAAAGUUGAGAAAAGAACUGAUCCCAUUGUUGCAUCAAGUAAUCAACAAGAUGCCGUGUUAGUAUCAACUGAGUCUUCAGAAUCAGUCACUUCACAUUUGCCUUCUUCAGAAGUUGGAACUAAAGCAUUGUCUGAGGUGAACGAUACUGAGAGUAGUUGUACAGGGGAAAGAAAUGUUGAUCUUAAAAAUAAGUCACUGGAAACUGAUCAAACAGGAAAUGUUAAACCGACGGUGAGAGGACGACUCCAGAGACCUAAACCCAAUUUAUCAAGAGCAGUUGGGAAGAAACCAGUUAGUUCACAAGGUAAAACAGACUCAAAGAAUAAGAGUUCACAUCCAGAAACUUCAGUUGAAAAGAAUCAUGUGGAAAAGGAUCAAAUGAAUACAUUUGACAGUUUGGGAAAGGAGAAUUCAGAGAAAGAGAGCGUUGAAGCUGAGGCUGUAUCUGAUUUGAGUGAAAAAGUUUGUCUUCAGGAAGAUAAUCAACCAAAGGCUUCUAGACCUGCACGACUAACGAGGGGCCGAUUACAAAGGCCAAAGCCAAAUGUAGGUAAAGUUGCCGAAAGAAAAGAAAUUCCAGCAUCACAGGAAGAAAUUGGGGCCAGUGAAGAAAAGAAUGAAAAUGAAUCCUGUAUCGAUAGAGCUGCUCAUGAACAAACAGAAGAUCAGCCAUGUAAAAAUUUCGAUUGUGGAGACAUUGCAUCACAGCCUGAGAAAAAAGAUACUUUUCAAAAUGUGCAAGCAGAUGAGCCCAAGGGUCUUAAAGAAUGCCGGAGCAUUCAAGAGGAUAAUGAAGCAAAUAUAUGCAAACAAGCCCCAAUUAUAAGGACUCGAUUUCAGAAACCAAAUAUAGGAAGCGGGACUGGAAGAAGAGAAAUUUUCUCAAGGGAAGAGGUACCAGAGAAGGUUCUUGCCUCUGGGGAAAUGCAAUCAGAUUUGGGAGAAAUGGCAAGACCAGAAACCUUACCAAGGGAGAAGGUACCAGUAGAGGCCAGUACUACUAAGGAAAUGUUGACAAAUUUAAAAGAAACUGGAAGACACGUCCCUCUCAGAGAGAAGAUAUCAGAAAUGAUCGACACCACUAUGGAAAUGGAGACAGGUUUGAGAGAGACUGGAAAAGAAAUUUCCCCAGGGGAGUGCAUAUCAGACGUGAUUGAUGUCCUUGAAGAAAUAGAGACAGAUUUUGAAGAAACUGGAGAAAGAGAAAUACCUCCAUGGGAAAAGGCCCCAGAGGAGGUCAAGACUGUGAGUGAAGUGGAGAAAGGUUUGAAAAAAACUGAAAGAGAGGUUUCCCCAAGGAAAAAGAUAACAGAAACGAUUGCUGCUUCUGAAGAAAGAGAGGCAGAUUUUGAAGAAACUGGAAAAAGACAAAUAUCCCCAUGGGAGAAGGCCCCAGAGGAGGUCAAGACCGUAGGUGAAGUGGAGAAAGGUUUGAAAAAAACUGAAAAAGACGUUUCCCCUAGGAAGAAGAUACCAGAAAUGAUUGCUUCCUCUGCGGAAGGAGAGGCAGAUUUUGAUGAAACUGGAAAAAGAGAAAUAUCACCACAGGAAGAAGCCCCAGAGGAGGUCAAUACUGUAGGUGAAGUGGAGAAAGGCUUGAAAAAAACUGAAAGAGAGGUUUUCCCAAGGAAAAAGAUACCAGAAAUGAUUGCUGCUUCUGAGGAAACAGAGGCAGAUUUUGAAGAAACUGGAGAAAGAGAAAUAUCCCCACAGGAAGAGAUCCCAGAGGAGGUUAAGACUGUAGGUAAAGUGGAGAAAGGUUUGAAAAAAACUGAAAGAGAAGUUUCUCCAAGAAAAAAGAUACCAGAAAUGAUUGCUGCUCCUGAGGAAAGAGAGGCAGAUUUUGAAGAAACUGGAGAAAGAGAACUAUCCCCAUGGAAAAAGGCCCCAGAGGAGGUCAAGACUGUAGGUGAAGGGGAGAAAGGUUUGAAAAAAACUGAAAAAGACGUUUCCCCUAGGAAGAAGAUACCAGAAGUCAUUGUUCCUUCUGAAACGAUUGCUUCCUCUGAGGAAGGAGAGGCAGAUUUUGAAGAAGCUGGAAGCGGAGAAAUCUCCCCAUGGGAAAAGGUGCCAGAGGAGGUUAAGUCUGUAGGUGAAGUGGAGAAAGAUUUGAAAAAAAUUGAAAGAGAGGUUUCCCCAAGGAAGAAGAUACCAGAAGUGAGUGUUCCUUCUGAGGAAAGAGAAGCGGAUUUUGAAGAAACUAGAAGAGAAAUAUCCUCAUGGAAAAAGGUCCCAGAGGAGGUGGAGAAAGAUUGGAAAAAAACUGAAGGAGAGGUUUCCCUAAGGGAGAAGAUACCAGAAAUGAUAGUUGAUUCUGAGGAAAGAGAGGCAGAUUUUGAAGAAACUGGAGAAAGAGAAAUAUCCCCAUGGGAAAGGGCCCCAGAGAAGGUCAAGACUGUAGUUGAAGUGGAGAAAGAUUUGAAAAAAACUGAGAGAGAGAUUUCCCCAAGGAGAAAGAUACCAUUAAUGAUUGCUACCUCUGAGAAAAGAGAGGCAGAUUUUAAAGAAACUGGAAGAAGAGAAAUAUCCCCAUGGAAAAAGGCCCCAGAGGAGGUCAAGACUGUAGGUGAGAUGGAGACAGAUUUGGAAGAAACUGGAAGAGAGAUUUCCCCAAGGCAGAGCAUUCCAGAAAUGAUUACUGCCUUUGAGGAAAGAGAGGCAGAUUUUGAAAAAAGUGGAAGGAGAGAAAUAACCCCACAGGAAAAGGCCCCAGAGGAGGCCAAGACUAUAGGUGAGAUGGAGACAGAUUUGGAAGAAACGGGAAGAGAGAUUUUCCCAAGGCAGAGCAUCCCAGAAAUGAUUGCUGCCUCAGAGGAAAGAGAGGCAGAUUUUGAAGAAACUGGAAGAAGAGAAAUACCCCCAUCAGAAAAAGCCCCAGAGGAGGUCAAAACUAUAAGUGAAGUGGAGGUAGAUUUGGAAGAAACUGGAAGAGAUAUUUCCCCAAGGGAAAAGGUAGUAAAAAUGGUCAGUACCAUAAGAGAAAGGGAGAUUGAUUUGAAAGAAACUGGAAAAGGAAACAUUUUCGUCAUGGACAAGGUAUCAGGAAAGAUGACUGUUAUUGAGGAAAUGGAGGCAGAUUUGAAAGACACUGGAAGAGAAAUUUCCUUGCGGGAAAGAGGAUCAGGAGAGAUCAGUGCUAUUGAGGAAACGGUAGCCAAUUUGAGAAAUACUGGAAAAGUAGAUACUGCUCCAAGGAAAAAUGAGCCAGAGGAGACUGAUACCUCAAGACAAACCGAGAUAAAUUUAAUACAGAAUAGCAGUGGUGACUGCAGCUGUAUGCCUUUACCAGAUGUACAAAGCAUUAGCAGUGACAUGCAGUCAGUGGUGCGUACGUCUGUAGAAGAGAAAAGAAAUUCUGAAGAGGAAGCGUCAAGUCAGUUAAGUCAUUCAGAGGCUUCUUUGCAGACUUCUGACCUUGGUAAGAUAGAGGACCAAGGGAUGCAAUUUCCAGAUGUUCCGGAGCAGCGUUCCAAUACUAAUUUAAGCAAAUCUCUUCCUCAAGAACAGAAGCCAUCUGAAGUUAAAAUAGUACCUUUUGUGAGAAGUCGAUUCAAAAAACCAAAACCAAACCUAGCAAGAGCAGCUUUAAAGAGAGAGACUACAGAAGCAGAAAAAUACGUACCUGGGAAGAAAUUAGAAAUGGAUAAAAUGGAGACUGUCGUAGUACAACAGAACACUGAACAGACUAAUAACUGCCCUUCUCAAGAUAAUGUGGCUUCCCUAAUGACAUUGAGAGAAAAAGAUGAAUCAGGUCAUAAGGAGGAAAAGGCUGUGAUAUUACCACGUGUACAGACUGAAAAGAGCCUUUCACAUUCACAUUCUUGUGAACCAGAAGAGGAGCCUCAGUCCACACAAGCUCAGGAAGACGACUUGGUUGCUUCUACAGGGACUUACAACACAAACACUUUGCAACAAGAAAUGAAAGAAAGUGGUAUCCAAACUUCUCAACCAAUAAGGCGCCGACUUCAGAGACCCAAACCAAACAUAAGAAAGAUUGAACAGAGGCAAAUAGUAGAAAAAAGUGAAGCUAAAGACAUAAUUAAGGAAGAAAGACCAGUGUUACAAAAAGAUGAAACUAAAAAAUCCCCUGCUGUGCCAAAUUCUCAAAUUGGAACUGAAAUUGAAGUUGUAUCUUCCAAAGUGUCCGAGUGCAGAAUCAAUGAAGAUCAGAGUCAUGUGGUUCUUGUAGAAAACCUUCAUGUUAACAAAAUUAAUGUUUUAGAUGAAAAGAUAAGGGAGGAACAUAAGACUUAUGCUCCUAGUCCAGCCCAGCUGGGGAGAAGGCACUUCCAAAGGGCUAAGCCAAAUUUGAGAAGGGCCCAUAGUCAGAGAAAGAAAUCAGGAACAGAAAAAGGCAUGGCAGAUCAGAGCGAGGCAAGAAAGCUAGAAGAUAAUUUACUGCAGCAAGAAGAGUCUGACAUCCAGCUCCUUCUAAAAAAAAAGACUGAGCUUCUGGCAUCUCUGGAGGUUUCAGCAAGAAAAGAUUGUACAGGUCCCACAGAGGCUGUUUUAGCCAAAAAAGAUGCUGAAUCUGAAGAACCUGGACCAUCAGGAAAUGUUGGAAAGGAAACUCUAGGGAAUAAUUCUGUGUCUUCAGUUAUCGAAGAGCAGUAUCUUAAUAAAUCAACAAGCUGUCCACAACUGUCAAAAGAAUCAUAUUACUCCAAAAUUGCACUGGAUCGAAGAAUGGCUAUCUCUUCUGCCUCUGAAUGUGAGAUAAAUCAUACUGAGAGGAGAAUACGUCAAAAGAACAAACCAAAUGUCACCAAAGGUCGUGGAUCAAAACGAAAUCGGGCUAAGAGCUCUAAGAAGGAACCUAGAGCCUCGAAGGCUGUGCUGGUGACUCUUCGGGCUUCCCAGGAAGAAGAAGAUGAUGAUGAAGAUUUUGCAUCUGACUAUGAAGAAGAAAGCUAUCAUCUUGCACCAGAAGAAGUAAACAAAGCUCCAGUCUUUGUACCCCUUGGUCUCAGAUCUCCUGAACCUGUUGCCACACAGAUUGAGGAAACAAUGGAAGAGCUUGAAAUAACAGUGAAUGUUCCGGAUACCACAUGCAUAGCUACUGUUGAACAUCAGCUCUCAAACUCAGAUGUUAGUACCCAGGAGAUGAAACAAGAAGAAGGUUUGAAUGCAUUACCACUUGAAAUGACCACAGGUGAACAUACCCAAGAUGAAAUAGGUACCAACGAUGGAAGCACUGAAGCUGCUAUAGCUUUACUGACAAUGGGAGAUCUAGUGUUGCAGUCAGAAGUCAGUACUGAACAGGGUGAUGGAAUAGUUGUACUUCCUGAUAUUUAUUCAAAGGAUAACAGCCAUAUUCCUUCUAGCCCAGAUAAUAUAAAACACAACAUUAUUCAUGAAAGUCAGGAGCUUUCUUCAGCUGUCAUUAGUAUAUCUCCUGCAUCAUUAGAAGAAGACAGCAUUGUAUUGGAGGAACAAAGUAUUAGAGAAGAAAUUGGUUUAAUGGAGAAAGUAAAGGAAAACGCUCCACUAACCAGGAAUACAGCUUCUAGAGUGACCAGUAAUUUGAGAAUAAGAAAUAGAUUUCCCAAGCCUAAGCCAAAUCUUAAAAGGAUUUUAGGGACCAAAAGACUUAGUGCUCGUCAGGAAGUCCCCAGUUUGUCUGUAACCAAAGGGGAAGAAGUGGAAAUUCAAAGGGAAACUGAGGAAAAUUCUGUCCAGGAAACAGAAUUGGAGAACAAAAAGUUUGAAUCUGUUAUAACAGCAGAGAGUAAGGAGCAGAGCAAAUUGGCAUGUGCACAGGUUAUCGGAGGAACCAGUAUUUCACAAGAAGCAAACAUAACUGGAAGAAGUGAAGCUCAAGAAGAGGGAUCUCAAGAGGUACAGAGAUUGUCAGUUGCUCCAGUAGUUUCUUCAGAGACAGGACCUCAUACACUUGGUCCAGAUAGGGGUCUCGGCGAGAGUCCUAUUAAAGAGCCCCUGAGAAAGCAUUCCAGUGGAGACAGUGUGCUUACACUUCAUGAACCAGAGUGUACACCAACUAGUAUUCCAGAAAUCCAGCAAGAGAAUGUAAUCAGCCCUCAAGACCUACCAGUGAAUCUGGUUGCUAAUGUACAGCAAGAUGGAGAGGAUGAGCAAACAUUCAUCUUAACUCUGGUGGAAAUCCCAGCCGAUGCAGUAGAAGAGUUUACUAACACCACUGCACAGUUAAUGCCAAACCCUUUACUGCCAGCACCCAUAUUGGUUAAAUCAAGGAAUACAGAAGAAAGGAGUGACGUGAGCAUGAGCUUUCCAGUAACUUCAAUUGGUCAAGAUGCCACAUGUUUAUCUAAUUUUGGAAGAGAUGAUUCUGAAAAGCCUCUGGCUAACUUGGAUCUUAUAUCUAGGAAGAGAGCUCAUUGCAGGCUUGAAGAAAGUGACUGUGUUCCUCCUGCCAAAAUAAGUUCACUGACUUCAAGAGAUGAUUGUCAGGAAUAUACCUCUGAGGUAUGUUCAGAGGAAUUAGUAAAUGUUUUUGAGGAAACAGGGGAGUCUUCCAAGCGACGCAAUAUUUUCCCUACCUCAGGAAGCACAUAUGCAACUCCAGAACCUCAGAAAGAGCAACUUGAACCCGCUUUGCAGAGCACAGAAACCAUAUCUCUUGAUAAAAUAGUAGAUUCACAUGAAGAAAGGAAUACAACUCAGUUACCUCAGGAUGGGAUGGUUGUGUCUGAUAAGGAAGAAAGAACUGGUGCUGCUUCUAAAUCUCACCAAAUGGAUAGCAAAACGUCAUCUUCGAAAACCCCCCUAUCCAGACCUGGCCGAAGACCCCUGGGAUUUUUGUCUUUAAUUUGUUCAAAGAAUAGUUUGGAGUCUGAUGAACCUACUCAAGUCCAUAGUAAGAAGCGCCUCAAACCUCUUAUACCUGUAUCAAGAAAAAAUUUGAAAAGACCUAAUCCACCUAAUGAAAGCCAGAAAAAAAUCCAAGAGUCCUCUGAUCAACUUCCAUCUUCAAGUCUUCUUGUUAAUACACAGUCUGAGAAUACUGACAGUUUAGCCGCUCAGGUUCCUUGUGAUCAGCCCUUACUGAAAGAAGAAUGUGAAAGUGGCCAAAAUCAGACAUCUGAAAAGGAGCCAACCACCAUCUCUCAAUAUUUCUUUAGUGAUAUCUUCAUUGAAGUGGAUGAAACAGAGUAAAACAGGCUUCUUCUUUUUUUUUUUUUUUGAGCCUGGGAUUUCCAGAUUAAAUUACAUUAACAAAGCAGUAUUUAGAAAGAAACAUCGCUGUCUAUUUUUAUUUAGGUUAAUUUUGAAUAUUUAAUAAGCUUGAUUUUGAAGCUUUUAUACUCAGUGGGAAACACUGCUGAUUAAUUCAACAUUUUGGAAAUGCCAAGCAAUUGAGACUGCAUUCUCAGACAGAAAUCACACCUCUUGUUUACAUUUUGACUCUUCCUGUGCUGAGCACACACGGACAUUUUAGAAUGUCGUAGAUAAAUGUCUCUUUGUAUAAAUCACAGUACCGACAUAUGUAGAGAUUGAUUGUAUUUAACAUUUAUCGAACUUCUUUUUGUAAAGUUUUUUUUUUUUUAAUGAUGAAGGCCUUUUCAGUUGCCUCUAAGUAUAUGAAAGUAAAUUGUGAAACUCCACUUUAGUAUGGUAAAUGCUAAAAACUUUUCUAUUAUCAACUAUUUGACUGAAAAAUAUGUAUUUUUAUAAUUCACAUUGAUGUAACAUUUGUCCUAAUUGAAGAACUAGUAUUUAAACUUAUUAUUUAUGAAGAUGCAACAUCAAAGAGCUUAUUUAUUUUUAAAUUUUUUAUUUAAAAGGAUAUCCAGUUUUAAUUAUUUUCAUCUCUCAGAUUGUGGGUAAAGAAGGCAUUAACAAAUUUGUUUGUCUCCUUCCCCUGUUUAAUUUUUAAAGAUAUUUUAAGUGAUAUAACAAAGUGUGUGGAUAGUGUGUAUGUUUUGAAUACAUUUUUCUCAUAGUUUAGUAUAUUGCCUUUCUACUGUGAAUUUUUUGUUGUUCUUAUUUUGUGGAUAAUCUCAGGAUUCACAUGAAGGGAAAAAAACGUUAACUUCAUGUCUGAGGCAGAUUCCAUACAACAUACAGUCCAUUAUACACAUAUAUUCCUCUUUUUAAAAAACUUUAAAUUCCUUGUUUUUCCCAUUAAAUUCUGCACAAAGAACUCUUAAGCCUUUAAGCACAGAACUUAAUUGCGAUGUUAAAAACAGAAAAUAAUGAUAAGGCUUGAUAAAGUUGGUGAUUAUCAUCAAUAUGAACUUAAGGGUUAUUUUUAAUUUAAAGAUUGGAUGAUUUACGUAUGUAACUGUCGUAUCUACCUAAGCACAUCUUUAUUGGUUCAAAGUAAAGUUCUAAAAGAGCAUUCUUCAUUUGAAAAACUUCCUGGGUUCAUAAUACACUCUAUUGGGAGUUGGAAACUUUUUCUGGGAAAUAUUUUUGGCUUCUGUGCCAAAUAGUAUUUGUGGCAACUACUCAUCCCUUCCAUUGUAGUGCGAAAGCAUCAAUAGACAAUACGGAAACAAAUGGCCUGCCUGGAAUUGAUCCCUAGUUUGCUGGCACCUGCAUUAGACAGCAAUUUUCUUACUUUAUGUUGGCGAAGCCUAUGAGUUAUUUGUCUUUGAAGUCAUAAGUUGUGCCUCAGUUGUGUUGAUUCUAUUAUGAAAUGAUUAGCAUUUCAUCUGGAAAAAUUUUAAAGCCUAGAUAAUUAUGUUCGUAUAUUACAAAAAGGUAGCCAGGUUUCAGGCUCAUUAGGAAAAUAGGAUAUGGCUCAGCAAGUUACGAGAGUAAUGCUUAUUUAUUGAAAUUAUUGCUGUUAGAGCAUUUCUUAUUCAUUGUCUUCUAGUGAAAUUUACGGUUUAAUUUUUUGGUCACAAAAGAGGAUCUAUAAAUUUGAGUGGAAAUUCUCUAUAGGCAUUUAUUUCAUGUGAUUAACAAGUUCCAAAAAAUCAUGGUAGUAACUCACAUUGCUAUUUUAAUACUCUGUUUUUGUAAUUAAAAAAGAAAGUCUCAUUCUGAAAAAAGCUGCUUUCUCUUAAUUAGUGUUCGAAUAUUAAAUUGCCACAAUUAAACUAUUGUUUUAUCCCUUGUGUAAUAUUUAUUUUUUUAACUUUGUUAAUACCUGUCACUU